UUUUUGAGAAAGGGUUUCUCUGUGUGGCCGUGGUUGUCCUGGACUCCCUUUGUAAACCAGGCUGGCCUCGAACUCACAGAGAUCCACCUAUCUCUGCCUCCUUGAGGGCUGGGAUCACAGGCCUGCGUCACCACACCCGGCUGAGACCCCGUUUUUUUUAAAAAAGACAUAACAUAUAAACAAACAAAUAAGAAAACAAAAGGUGUUACCAGUUUGGGCCCAGCAGUUCCUUUCAAAUGAAAUUCCAUGAAAGAGCCCUUGUGAUUUCAACUUUCAUUAUCUAAAGGAGAGACUGAUCAUUUGCAAGAGGAGACUUUUGCCUAAUUUACUGCAGCACUGUAAUAAUGAAAAACAAACGCCCAGCUUUUGCAGGUUCAAGGUUAGGAGGCGAUGAAGCCACACAAGCUCCCUCCUGAUCGCUCAAACUGGCUCGGCUGCUGGCAGGAGAUGCUGCCCUCGAUCAGCAUUGCUGACGGAGGUGCCAAUUCCGGGAUUCACGUCCUAGGAAGGCUCGGACUGAUAACCAGACUGGCCAGCGCGACCUUGCUCCUCGGCCUCCACAGCAAUCCCGCCGACCUCACCAGGGCGCCAGAGCGGCCGGACCCUUCGGUGCUCGGACCCUAUGGCACGGAGGCUAAGUUUCCGGGAGCGGCUUUUAGCAGGGCAUCAACCGGAAGUAUCCGUGUUGUGGCGGAAGAAGGUGCAGUCUUGGAGCAGCUGGAGCGGAGAGAGGCCGGACCGGCAAAGAUGAUUCAGGCGAUUCUGGUUUUCAACAACCAUGGGAAGCCGCGGCUGGUCCGCUUCUACCAGCGUUUUCCAGAAGAAAUUCAACAGCAGAUUGUUCGAGAGACUUUCCAUCUGGUCCUCAAGCGAGACGACAACAUCUGUAACUUCUUAGAAGGCGGAAGUUUGAUUGGUGGUUCUGACUACAAACUGAUUUACCGGCACUAUGCUACCCUCUACUUUGUAUUUUGCGUGGAUUCAUCAGAGAGUGAACUUGGGAUCUUGGACCUCAUUCAGGUUUUUGUGGAGACGCUGGAUAAGUGUUUUGAAAAUGUAUGUGAGUUGGAUUUGAUCUUCCAUAUGGAUAAGGUGCACUACAUUCUUCAGGAGGUGGUGAUGGGCGGGAUGGUGUUGGAAACAAACAUGAAUGAAAUUGUGGCCCAAAUUGAAGCUCAAAACAGGCUGGAGAAGUCAGAGGGUGGACUUUCAGCAGCUCCGGCAAGGGCUGUGUCUGCUGUGAAGAACAUCAACCUCCCUGACAUCCCGAGGAACAUCAACAUCGGUGAUCUCAACAUCAAAGUUCCCAACCUGUCCCAGUUUGUGUGAAGGUGGAUGACUGGGAUGAACUGGAAUUCUUGGGAUGGGCAAAGCAGUCAAAUCCGGAAGCAGAACCUUGUUGAGCCUUUAGAGUCACACCUUGGGACCCUGAGCCUUUCACAGAGUGGGAAAGGAGUGGGGUGCACACUGCGUGGCCAUCCUGCUUCCCUCUGAUAGGCAUGGCUGUGGUAGACAUCAGGACACUAAGCCACUGCUCCUUUGCCUCCCCCACACAGCUGCCCUGAGGGACUGGGGAACAAGCCACCUGGUGCCCAGGAGCCCACCACUGGGACUGAUCGAUCACCUCUGACUUCCUCUCUGGCAUCGAGGGCUUCUGAGAUCCUAUAUCAUUUACUGGGUAGGGAACCGGGGAGAAGGGCCAGCCUUUCAGAUGUUAGGUAUGGCAAGAGGCAGCUGACGGCAGGGUAUCUGCUGGCUCUGCUAGGGCCUCUAUUCCUAGAAUCCCUUUGUGUAGCCAAGCUUUUUGGUCAGCAGUUGCUACAGAGCACAUGUUCCCCACGCCAUAUUUCUAGUCGUUUUGUUACAGGCAUGUGUGUGCCAGACACAGUGUAAGUCACACUCUGGGUGCCUGCCAUCACCCCUGCCAGUAGGGAGGACACCCCUAAACACAUGCCAGAACCCUUGCCCAGAGGAGAGCCCGAUGUCUACAGAAUGUGAAGUCUGAAUCUUCCCAGAGUUAUGACUCUUCCCUAACUUAAAAUACACUUGUCCUGGAAGCAGAAGGUUCAAUGUCUAUGACGUGAAUGGUGACCCACCUCCCCUUGCUCAGAAACCCACUAACCAGUCUCAGAUUCUGGAGCUGAGAACCUGAACUGGGUGCUCUGUGGGCUGAGCCCACAGCAUGCUAGCCGCAGUGCUGUGAGCUCUCUAAUCUGAGUCGUGCUGUGGGCAUGCUGGGCUCCCUUGGGCAACGUUCUGCAGCUGGAAACCUGUCGAUGGUAACAUAUGCUGAGUCUUCUUCUUAUGGCCAGAUUGGAGCUGGCACUGCUGCUGGGGGCAGGGCUUCUUCUCCGUGCCAUCAGCUGGGCCUCAGGCCUGGGUAGUGAGGGCACUGGUGCCCCUGACAGGGAACCUCCCAGCCCAGACCCCCCUUUCUCCUUCUGCCCAGAUGCCCCUCCCUCCUGCUAGCGCAUUUCCCCCGGCCUUCUGAUGAUCCUAGGAGGAUCAUGUAUCUUACCCAGCUUUUCUCAUUUUCCAGCAGGACUUCUUGCGCUCUGCCCACUGCUGCCUGCAGUGUCUUGUCCUCAACCUUUCGGGUCCUCUGUCAGAGCCUCAUCAAUGGCCAGUUGGCUAGAGGAUAGGUCUGAGACCAAAUCCCCCAUGCCAUUCUCUUUAAGCAUGUUAAUCUUAUGUUGAUUUAUUGUCAUUUUAGCACAUCCACACCUCUUUUACAAUGGCUGGAUGUGAAUAGGAAUUCAAGGAAGAAAACCAGUGUUUUGCAUCUGCUGUAGGUGACAUGAGCAAGACCCUUUAACAGUCCUUAUCAGAGACAUUUUAUUUUUUUUAAGAUUUAUUUUAUUUGUGCUGUUCAUGUGUAUAUAUGGGAAGGCUCUGAGGCCAGAGAAGGGUAUGGAGUUUCCUGGAGUUGGAGUUACAGGAGGUUGAGAAAGUCCCCCAAAAUAUGGCUGUUGAGAACGGAAGUUAGGUCUCUGCAAGAGCAGCAGUGUUCUGAACUGAGCCACCUCUCUGAUCCCAGCCACAGACAUUCUCAGACAUUUUGGUGCCAAGUACCACAGGCUCAGAUAGGGUAACCUGCUUUUAGGUCAGGCAGGGUUAAGGUUUGAAAUGUGCCUGCUUGGCUCCAAAGUCCUUUUCCUCCUCAUUAUUGUAGGUGGUUUCUCCAUUUACAACCUUCUCCUCUCUAGACGGGGAAACUGAGACUUAAGGGAUUGAGCAACUCUCACAAACUAAUAAAAAGAGGCUUGGUUUUCUGAGGCUGCAGACCAGGAGCGGGAGGAUCCCGUGCAGCUCCAGUUGGUUGCCUGAGAUGAAGCCAUCCAGUGUGUUGUUAGGUCAGGGGUCAUAAGAGCCGCAGUGUUCUCAAGUGCUUGCUGGUGCCUGAAGGCACCCUUGAGUUGGGAGCCCUUGGCUUCCUGGCAGUUUAGAUUUCAGGUGUUUGCCUGCUAGAAACUACUUGGUUCCCCAGACUGUGGCCUGGCACUGUAGGCGGCAAAAGCAAGCAUCACACAAUGGCUUGCGCGAUGCCCCUAAACAGUCUGUCGGUUUGAGCUUGGAAAACUCAAUUCCCCUGGGCAAGCCAGAGGGAUUAAUUAAUCAAUCAAUUAAUUAAUUAUGUUUGCUGUCAACAAAGCCAUAGUCUGAGGUCUAGCUCUCUCUCCUCUUUGUGUUUUGAGACAAGGUCUCACUUUGUAAUGCAAAUUCUCAGUCUUCCAGCCUCACCUCCAAAAUGCUGAGAUUACAAGUGUAUGCUACCGUGCCUUCUGCCCUUUUCCAUGGAAUAGUUAGAGGGAGACCUUGGUGUUUUGUUCUGAGACAUCUGUUGCACAGCCAGUGACUGGGUUCCUGUUUGCUUUGCGAUCCUGGACCUGUAGAGUUACACUGAAGCUUCCCUGGGUUUUCUCACUGCCACUAGUUAAAAACUGGCAUCCUCCCACUACCCGUACUUCUGUGUCAGUACCCGAAGAGGGUUGAGCUUGCUUCUAAGCACACAGGCUGUCUUUGCUCCGCUGCCUUUGAGCUUCCCUGACAGUGCUCACAUAGAUGGAACAUGGAGACACUACUGUGAGCCCGGAGCUACGGCGGCCAGACUCCGUGACAGCCAUGUGGAAGAUUUAAAGGAUAUUUCCCACCCCCGACUCACCAGUGUCAUGCCUACUGUGCAGGGUGCUGGACAAAUUACCUCUCCCCAAGCCUGACCAUGGCCUCAUACAGGUAUCCUGAGUCUCUCAGGCCUUGGUUAUUCAUUCUCUGCCACAUACAGAGCCAGCCCUCCCUCACCGCUAUAGAAGCAGCUUAGCAAUUUUCUCUGUGACCUUACCUUCAGAAAAGACGCUAGGAGAAAAUGCCUCACACCAGGUCCCUGGCACAGUCUGUGGCCUGGGCUAUUGAAGGCUUCCUUAGCAUGACCAUGUCUUUUCAAAGAAGGGUCUGUGAUAGGUACAUGAAAGUAGCUCUUUAAAGUAGGUCCUCACCCACUUUACAGUAGGCAGGCAGAGUACUGAGACCCACCCAGAAGGGAGGGACCUGUCUGCAAACAUUCUAGAUGGCCACUGCUCCGAGUGUGCUGACCACCCACGGUGAGCCAGCUCUCUGUGGGAGUUGCCAGGCUAGGCCCAAACCUCAAGGUCAAAGUUUUGGCCUUGGAAGUUCUGGGGUGCUCUUCACCUGCACAUUUUGGCAGAAGUAGCUGUUGAAAAAGCUUAAUGCAAGUGAUCAAUCCUUUCCGAAGCUCUUUCUCAUUUCAGCUUUUCUAUUUUCCAAAGAGGACAUAUAUUCAUGUAGUUUGGGUUUUUGGGGAGAUUUUAUUUGUUUUGUUUUUCAAACAGGGUUUCUCUGUGUAGCCCUGGCUGUCCUGGAACUCUGUAGACCAGGCUGGUCUCAAACUCAAAGAUCUACCUGCCUGUACUGGGAUUAAAGGUGUGAGCCACCACCCCGCUGUAGUUUGGUAUUUUUAUAUGGGGCUGGGGAAGUGCCCUCUGAAACCAGAAGAAGGCCUUAGAUCUCUUGGAGCUGGAGCUAAGUGGUUGUAAGCUGCCUGAUACGGGGUUCUGGGAGCCAAACUUAAGGUCCUCUAGCAGAGCAAGUGCUCUUCACCAUUGGGCCAUCUCUCCAGUCAUCAAGUGUUUGCGAUUUAAAGGAGUAAGAAACAAGCAUCUUUUAUGUUCACUUUCAAAGCUGAGGACAUAGUUUCAGUGGCCCUCAGCCCAGCACAGUCCUGUUAUCCAGAGGUGGAGAGUCCGCCCUCCAUACAUGCCUCAUGCAUGCAGGCACCAUGUAAAACCGCCACAGCUCCUAGCCUUGCUCAGCUUUAUUCCCCAAGGCACUGGGACUCCAUGCCGUUCAGUUAUUUUUUUUUCUCCUAGGAUAUAGCCCCCACCCCCACCCCAGGGCAGGGAUAUCAGCCUCUUACCUCGCCCUGUGCCCUGGCUGCUCUGAACAGUGCCACAUCCGUACUGCUCCAUAAAGAAUGGCGGAUGGGUGCGUUACUAAGGAAAGCAGAAGUUGAACCUCACAGUCUCUCAGGACUUGUGCACACUAGGACUGUGACGUGGGGGUGGGGAGGCCCAUUGCUUCAAGGUGGAGGACAGCAAGGACUGUUCUGGGAAGGAUGGGGUGCAGGCACGUCCAUUUGGAGUUACUGGGGUAUAAAUGCCUGCUUGUGAAUGAGUGGGCAGGAGAGUGUGGAGCUGGAUUGAGUGACAGGGCCAACGGCUGAAAGUGAAGGACAGACUGUGGCCAAGGGGAAAGGAAUGCCUGGAUAUUGGAGCAACCUCAGAUCACAGGAGAGUGUCUGAUAGCAGUGAGAACAUGAACCAGAUUGGUCAGUCAGGGAAGGGACCCAGAGCCGCAACUCUAAGAAUGCCUUUGCUAGAGGUCAGGGAUGCCAAAAGAGGUCCUGGUUCUUCUGGCCUGGCCUCAAAGCUGUAUGUGAGGGUGUGACUAAAACUGCCCACCUCCUGGGUGGGUCACUCAGCUCCUCCUCCUAUACCUCACCCCAGCUUUUACCAUGAGUCCUUUAAGAAGACCUGACCUAGCCGUUCGUGGCCUGUCUUCCAGGAGCCACUCCUGGAAAUGGAGCUGUAUGGAUUAGGCUCUGAAAUUAUCAGUGAUUGUAAUAAAGCUUUGUACAGCC